UGUCACGAUGCCGGCGUUUCGCGAUUGGAAGCUGCGGUCGACGCGCCAAGCAUCGUGCUCGACUCAACUCGCUGGCUAGCGGUCCCACCCGCAGACUAACAGACGAGAACAAUGGGCCCGCCCGGGGACGUGUCCGCACCCUGCAGUCCUAAGGGCAGCGCGAUUGAACGUCAGUUCCAACAUCUGGGCUGGUGUUCCCAUCAGUUCCGUCGACUGCAACAGGAACGCAGCUCCGGGACCCUGCACUACCUCAGCACCCUCGACCGCCGCAACUGCCGCCCCAACAACCAUAUCACGUGCAUAGACCAGCCCUGCUGUGUUGCCAACAACGUACAUGCAGCGACAUACGUGACAAAGCACACACAAACGUGCUCGGGCACAUGCUCGUUCGUUGGCGUCGACUACAAUCAUGUCGUUGACAUCAUCGACGCUGGUGGAGUCCCCAUCGUUGGCAUCCACCUCGAUCCUACGCCCACCACGGGGGACCCCGUUCUGCACCUGACUGUCACGCCCCGAGCCAUCUCCACACGCUACACGGUCAUUUCGCACGUCUGGUUUGAUGGACUGGGCAAUCCCUCUGCCAACGCCCUCCCGGCAUGUCAAAUCCAACGUCUGUACACACAGCUGGUGUCCCUGCCGCGCGAAUAUGAAUCCGGCGUUUUCUCCGUAGCAUCUCUGCAGGUAGACUGGUCUCGUGGGAGUUUUGUGCGUAACCCUGAACGCCAGCCGCCGUUGUUUUGGAUGGACACUUUAUGCAUUCCUGUUGACCCAAAGCACGAACACCUUCGAAAGAAAGCAAUCAACCAGAUGGCGUCCAUCUAUGCUGCAGCUAUUCGGGAGCUCGUGCUGGAUGCAGAACUGAUGCAGUAUGAGGCAGCCACGAGUUCGGCACUGGGGAUACUCGCGCGCGUGGCAUGCUCAGCGUGGAUGACGCGCAGUUGGACAUUGCAAGAGGGCGUGUUGGCGCGGGAGUGCAUCUUCCAGUUCAAAGACUGCGCUGUCGACCCGAUGCACGAGUGGUGUCAGCAUGGACCCAGACCAGGAGUGCCGGCUGCAGCCCGAGGCGUGAGCUUUCCACUCCCUACGGAUGAGGAGAAUUGGGCUGUGUAUGUGGAGCUGUACGAUAUGCUGUGGAAUACCUUGCAUCAGGACUGGAAGAGCAAGUACCAUAAAAGCCCGCGUCAAACGAAGGCAGGGAACUUUCAGCGUCUGCGUGGCGGGAACAUUACGGGCCACACCCUCACUCUCCCUCCCAUCCAAGGCCUCUCGAAUCGGGGCGCGAGUGGCCUAGACGAGACAGAUCACUUCACGAUGGAAUUAGGAGAGGCAACCAGACUGAAGCAGCUGGUCGAUACGUGGAAUGAGCUUGCGCAUCGCUCGACUACAAUGCCAGAAGACUUGCACAUCAUAAUCGCCAAUCUUUUAGACUUCAACGCUGGAAGUAUUUUGAGUAUACCAGCGCGCGAAGAGCGCAUGAGGGCUAUGAUUCUGAGCUUCAACUCACUCCCCGUUUCGCUGUUCUGGAACACUGGACCGAGGUGGCGUGGUGAUGGUGGUGCAGAUACUGGAAGCAAUAAUCGAUGGAUUCCCACCGAGCCAAGCAAGAGUAAAUUAUCUCUAACACCGGUGAUGGAAGUCACUGCCGAGUGGCUCAAGUUGGAUCUUCAGCCUGGAAUGAGAGGCACGCAGGUUGCUCUCCUACACGAGAACGGAGUCAGCAUCGCCGAGCAGAUGAGUUUUGUGUGCUCGAUUUCACCACAGCGCGCGUAUCAUGUGACAAUACUUGACAGCCAAAGUGAAAGAGACCAAGGGGCUGCCGAUGUCAGUACCCCUCACUACCUCAUCACUGAGCAGUCCACAGAAGCGACCACCAAACUGAUCAAAGGUGCCCUGUUCCGCGGUAUCCACUCUCCUGGACUGGAUACAGACGGCGUAGUCAAGCUCUCAUAUGCGUGCCCCGUUACUCUGCGCCCCCUCCAGAGAGACCUCAACGCAGCCGAGCAGCACGUCGUAGCCGAGUAUCUCUCGUGCAAUACAGAAGUAUCGGUGAAAUACGACCCCAUCCCCAACUUCACCCGCCACCCGCGCCGCAUCCAACGCGGCUCCUGCACCCAAGGCGGCGUGGCAAUAAUCAUGCUCCUCCCGAUCCCCACCGUCCUCGGUCUGCUCUGCCUGCUCCUCUUCAUCGUCACGCUCGCGCGCCCCCCGCACGCCUUUACUCCCACCGCCAAAGGGCUGCUCGCUGCCUUUGUCGUGCUGUACGUAGGCUGCACGCUGGUGGGCUUGGCGUGGCUGUUCUUCGUCGAGACCGUCAUGUAUCGCAUGUGGCUCGCGUCGUUUGAGACUGCGUGGGUGCCCGAAGAGGAGCGCGGGUGGUGGGCGAGGUACAUGGCAUUUGAGCGGUGGCUGGGGCGGGUGGAGCGCGCGGUGUAUACGUGUGUGAGGAGGGGUGUGAGGGCACUGUGGAAGUAGAGAGGGUGUGUUCAGAUGUUAUGAUUUUAUUGAUGAAGCACGAAAAACAGGGGUAUAUCGCGAAAAAUCUCACAAAACAGGUCAAGGCCCUCUGCCUGUGGCACAAAAGUCGUCACGUACUUGUUGCAGCAAAGUAUAUUCCGAGGAGUUCAGAUGUUAUAGAAGGGGGGAUGA